CACCAUCAUUAUACUAAUUGUUUGCAGGGCUCCUGCAUUGGGGUCAACUCUUCUGGAUUCGAAUGAUUUAUUUCUUCGCUCUACAUAUGAAAAAGUUUGAAAUAUUUCCGAUCGAAGUAUCGAUAACGAUUGAAAUUAAAACGAUCGUUGUGUACAGUUACAAGGAAAUCGGGAAUUCGCGUGAUCAAUAAUGUUUGUUAGUACACUCGAUACGCAAGCCAAAACGUUGAUCGUGUUCAAAACGGAAAUUUAAUACGAAUUCAGUGGUAUUCAUCGUCUUGUUUGUUAGAGCGGAACGUUGAAGGAAAAACUUAAGUUCCAUUAUUUCUCGACACGAAUUUACUAAAGAUAUUCGGAACAAGAAUAUAAUCGCUCAAAAGAAAAGGGAGAUCGCGGAAUGGCAUCAUCUAUGGUAGCUGUUCCAUCCGGAGCAGCAUCAGUUUCAGCUGGAACUGGUAUUACACAGAACGAGGAGGUUGAACACGGAGACGUUUUCAGCGAGCGAAACAUUAACAGCGUUAAUGGCUGCAACGAAACUUCUAAUCCUGGGGAUGCUCUAGAAGAGAUAAAUUGUGGUACCGGCGAGUCCGGUGAUCAAGAAUGUGCUAUUUGUAUGAGCAAACUUUGUUCUCCACGAGUGCUUUCUUGUCUUCAUGUGUUUUGCGAGGCUUGCCUGGACAAGCUUUUGAUGGAUGAGGCGGGCGACUCCAAGGUCAGCUCUGUUCUAAUCUGUCCUCUAUGUCAACAAGAAACUUCCAUUAGUUCUAAGGGUGCCGCGUCAUUGACGUGCGACUAUGUUUUAACUAAUAUACUUGACAUGUCUGCGAUCGAGAACAUGGCUGUACUCUGUACCUCGUGUAAAGCCAAAGAAAGCGCAGUUGCGCGUUGUUCGGACUGUGCCAACUUCUUAUGCCCGAAUUGCAACACUGCGCACCAGUUUAUGCGCUGUUUUGAAAGUCACAAGGUAGUGGCUUUUGAAGAUUUGAAGCAAUCCAACGAAGCUAUCCCGAUACAUAAACCUAUUUUUUGCGAGUAUCAUCCUGCUGAAAAUAUGAAGUUUUACUGCUAUACUUGUCAGGAACCUAUAUGCAAUGAAUGUUUACUGGUUGAACACAAAGCUCCAGACCAUCAGUAUGAAAGAUUGGUAGACGCAGAGCCGCGUCAAAAAGAAGAACUGAUAAAGUUGAUGAAUGAAAGUAAAGCAAGGAUCGCAGACUGUGACCAAAUGUCUGCACAGUUAGAAAAUGCACUUAGCGAACUACAAGCGCAACACGAUCAGGCUAAAGAUCUAAUCGUAGAGACGUUUCAGAGUUAUAAAGCUGUUUUAGAAAAAUGUCGUGAUAAUGCCUUGGUUGAGCUUGAAAAGUUACAUUCUGAUAGAGAAUUAGAAAUAAUGGACACGUUUCAUAGCGUUGAGAAAACUGUGGAGAAAAUAGAAGAUGCUUGUCGUUUUACCUCUAGACUUUUGGAGCAUGGUGACGCUGUGGAGAUCCUCGCACUUCGCCGUAUCGUAGGAACACAGUUAAUGAAUUUAAUAAAAAACACACCAAAGCCAAAUGUUUCUUCUUCUAUCGAAUUUCAAACUGAUUAUAUCCAGUUUGAGAAAACGGUAAAAGAUGUAUUUGGAAAAUUUCAUACUGAGAGGACACCGGUGACGAAAUCUACUCCUGAACCAAUCUCAACAGUACCAGGGGUUUCUACAACUCAGCAGAUCGUUCAUACUUCAAUGGGCUGUCCGCGUUCAAUUAGUACAAGAUCUCCUAUCUCUCUUCCCGCUUCCAUGCAAUCCUCGUUUGAAGGUGAUCCAUCGUUUGUUAUACCCCCUACGUCCAGUCCUCAAAAUAUUCCUCCUCCACCACCUCCUGUAUCCCUUCCUCCAGGUCCUAUUCACGGCCUUACCAGUAUUCAAGAGUACAAUCUACAGCAGUUAGCCAGUUUAGCAGAAAAGGUUGAAAUGGUUGGAGAGUCAAACGUAGUUGGACCUAGCUCAAAUCCUAGCCCAACUCCACCGUUCACUUUAGCGGAUUUGUUUGCUGGUGAUCUGAGUUCCACCAGUCAUGCAAUUAAUAACUUGCAAGCUCUUGCAAAAUUAGGAAAUUCUCUUGGCAAUCAAGAUCUCGGAAACGCGACAAUUAAUGGUGGUAGUGGUCUAGUAUUGGGUAGAGGUCCUUCCCCCGCGAUUGUAGAUACGCCAAAUUUGGGUUUAACUGCCAACAGUCUUUUGAAUGGAGGAUUUCAAUCUUUAUCUUCCUCCACCUCGCCUAUACUUUCACAGGGGGCUGACGAUUUAAUCGGGGAUUCGAUGCAUAAUAUGCCUGUAGUGGUAGGAGGAAAUACUGUUGGCAAUGUAACCGGUUCCGGAUCUGGAAAUUAUGCUCAUCCACGUUCAAAUAACACAAAGUUAACACCCAUGCACAUUAGGUGUAAAUUUGGGCAAUUAGGUCCCAGCAAAGGUCAAUUCAGCUCGCCUCAUGGAUUUUGUUUAAGCGCCGAUGAGGAUAUUAUUGUUGCUGACACAAAUAAUCAUAGAAUUCAGAUAUUCGAAAAGACUGGUAUUUUCAAAUUCCAAUUUGGUGUUCCUGGUAAAGAAGAGGGACAACUGUGGUAUCCAAGAAAAGUCGCUGUGAUGAGAAACAGCGGUAAAUUUGUUGUUUGCGACCGUGGAAACGAACGAUCUAGGAUGCAGAUAUUUACGAAAAACGGUCACUUUAUGAAAAAAAUAGCAAUUCGUUACAUCGAUAUUGUAGCUGGCCUAGCUGUUACUAGCGAGGGCCACAUUUUGGCUGUUGAUAGUGUAUCACCAACGGUGUUUGUAAUCAGUGAUACAGGAGACCUUUUAAGGUGGUUUGAUUGCAGUGAAUACAUGAGGGAACCAAGUGAUAUUGCAAUUAGUGGUAAAGAAUAUUUUGUUUGCGACUUCAAAGGACAUUGUGUUGUGGUGUUCAACGAAGAGGGCAAGUUUUUGCGUCGCAUUGGCUGUGACAAUGUAACAAACUUCCCGAAUGGGAUCGAUAUUAGCGAUGCAGGAGAUAUAUUAAUAGGAGAUUCGCAUGGUAAUCGUUUUCACGUGGCUGUUUUCUCAAGAGACGGUUCCUUGAUUUCUGAAUUUGAGUGUCCGUAUGUCAAGGUAUCUCGAUGUUGUGGCUUGAAAAUAACUUCCGAAGGGUAUAUCGUAACUUUGGCUAAAAAUAAUCACCACGUCCUCGUACUGAACACUCUUUACAUAUCAUGAAGCGAGGAAGCAGACCAAACAAGUAUGUCGUAAUUUUCUUCAGCGAGUGGAACUUCCUUGUGGAUCGCUCUGCUAUCAACGAAGGACGAAUCGAUUAAAUACUAUACAACCAACAAACUAAAUACGUGGCAUCGAGUGCUUUGAGAUUUGGGCCUAUCGAAGUAAUAGAAAAACAAGUGCAGCAUGCAGCUUUUUAAUAGUCUGUAAAAAGAAAACAAAAAACAUAUAUAUAUACACACAUAUAUAAAUGCGUCCCUGUUUUAUGAAAGUAACAACAAUAUUUGAAAGAAGAAAAAGGUGAACGUACGUCUCCGACCAAAAAACAGUAUAAAUAGUGAUUUAGCGAGUUGCAUUUGGUAAACUGCCAAGAUAAAUUUAAAAACAAAAAAAAAAAAAGAACGAAAACGAAGCAAUAAAGGAAAGCAGCGACAGAAAGUCAACAACCGUGUCAACCAUGAAAUCGAAUCGGAUCACUACACACAGUGAGAAGAAACAAAAAUGAAGAUGGAAGAGAGGGGAAAGGAACUUACAGAACAAUAGUUUUCCGUCACAAUCGAUUGAUUCAUCUUCGACUCGUCAGUAUUUUAGGUAUGUUUACAAAUCAAAUUAUUCUAGUCUCUAAUGAGCACUGUUUACACGUUGAUUUUUAUCCGUACUCGAAGCAACGUACAUUUGCUUCAUUUUUUUUUUUUUUUUUUUUUUUUUUUUUUUUGGUCCUUCGGUGGAACCAAUAAGUAUGUACACAUAGGGAAGAAAGAAAAACCAAUAAUACGAAUUCUUUCUUUCGUUACGUUACUUCGAGAUAUAUUCGUAGACGCACUAUGUUUCUAAGGUUUCGUUAAGAAUCGUUAGGUAAUCCAGUAAGCUCGUCAAGAAAUGAGAGAGUAUAAUUAGGAAAAUAGAAAAGGAGGUCCCUUUGCUUAAUGCAAAAGGAAGAGAAUUGUUGCAUGCUGCGACACAUAGUAGUACUUCCUGCUCUUAUCAUAUCAUAUCUCUAAAGAAACGAAUAAAGAAAGGAAACAGUACCCCUCGUUGUGGCAGGCACGAAGCUUAACAUAGGAAAAGAAAAGAAAAACAAAAAAAAACAAAAACUGAAAAACACAAACUGGCGAUUUUUCUCUGUGCAUUUGGAAAUUAGUAGUUCAAAAGGGGGCGGGAGAGGGAAAGAGAUUAUAUGAUGUAACGUUAAUGCGAAAGGUAUAGAUUACAAUACGUUGAAAAAUCAAACAUUUAAAUGUCUUACAAAACGAGGAAUCGUACACGACGUAUAUUCGAGGAUAAAUAAAUAGAAAACAAUUGUCUAGACUUGCCACUGAUAAUAGAUCCUGUCUAUGCAUUGUUAAAAGAAAGAACAAAAAAAUAAUAGGCGAGACACAUAAUGGUUACAAUAUUUACUCAGGAUGCUUUAUUAUGGUCCACCAUAUAAAUACAAUAUAUAUGCGUGUGUGAAUAAUUGGUUCGUGGUGCUAGCGAAUAAUACAUCCAUACCAUGUAAAUGUAUUUGUUAUAAAAAUUACAGAAUCGUUCCGACAUUUUACUAUACUGUGGAACGGUCGUGUAAUAUAUUAUACAAGGUUCAUAAGUAAAUUAUACCACCGGUAUCAUAGGAACAAUACUUUAUCUAUAUUUAAAAACAAAAAUUAAAAAACAACGUACAGUUUGCUAAAUAACUUCUAUUUAUGUAUAUAUUAAACAUGAUCCAUAAAGAUGAAAAAAAUCCACGUAAAACACAUACAUAUAUAUAUAGAAAUACACAUAUUUUUUAGGGUUGUUUACAUGAUCAGCCUUAAGAUUUAAUUGAAAUUAUAAAAAUGCAAUGUGUAUACAACAUAUAAUACGGAUAUAAUGGGCAGAGCUAUACUGUGUUACAUUACCUACAAUAAUGAUUGAAUGUGAAUAACUAUCUUGCCAUACCAAAUGUUAGAAAGCACAUCCAUAUACAUAUUUCUAUUUGAAUAGCUUCAACAAAUUUCAUUUGCAUACAGACAAUUGGCUAUGCUGAAUAGAGAAUUGGUCGUUAUCGUAGAUGGAACAACUGAGAUAAGAGAUGAGAGGAGAGAAAGAGUUAAACUAUGGGGGAAACGUGAAAAAAAAAUGCAGGAAUAAUAAUAGAGGGUUACUCGAAAAAAAAUUUGCGCAUAAAAUUUCUAGUAAGUUGCACGAAGCCUACAUAUGUACACCUAAGCUAAUCAGUCGUAAUCAUCUUUUAUUAUAUUAUUAGAAGUUUUAAUUUUAUAUAUAUUAAAAAAAAAAAAAGUAAUUCUGAAGUAUUUAAUAGUCAUGGUUAGCAGAGUUAUAUAAAUAAUGCCUGUGAUAAUAGUAUCGUCAGGAUAAGUUGUGUCCUUACAGAGUCUCUGAUGUUGUUGCUAGGUAAAUAUGAUUAGAGGUACCAAUGAGAUGCUGUUAGCAAUGCCUUGUGGAAGGUGUAUUUAUGUUUAAUGCACAAUAACACCCGACACAAUGCCAUCAAUGGUCUCUAGUGGUACAUUGAAUAUAAGAAUAAAAAAAAAAAGGAAAAAAAAAAGAAAAUAUUGAGAAAAAAAAUUAAAGAGAAUAUGUUGCAAAAAAUUUUGCCAGUCGUAUUUAAAGAAGAAGAAGAAGAAGAAGAAAAAAAAAUGAACUCAUAGUGUAACGAAUGGAUGACCAUUAAUGAAGAGGGUCUUUUACCUCACAAAAUUAUUAUAUUACGCUCACCUUAUAUAUACUUGAAUAUUUUAGUAUAGAUUUACUCUAUUUACAUAUUUUUAUCUGUGGAAGACUACUUGGCUAAUUUAGGCCACUGUUGAAAUUCACCCCUUAUUUGCCUUGAUGUUUAAAUUACAAUAAUAAUAUAAAAAAAAAAAAGAAACGAGGAUUACUUGUUACGUAAAUGGUAAUUGUGAUAGAUUUUUUGAUGAUUUUUACAAUCUCAAAAGUCUUAUUAUCCUAAUAUGUAUAGAAUUAUAAUAGUCACUCUCUACAUAAACUACAUAAAAAAAAAGCUCUGCUUACAUUGUUAAAAACUAAUAAUUAUUAAAUGACAAAAAAAUAAUGAAUAUAUCACUCUAUCGUAAGCAGUUUAUGAGACAAGAGAAAUACAGUCUAUCGAAUGAUAUAUUCAGAUAUGUUCUAUGUACUAUACUUUUAACUAAUCUAAUGUUUUUAUCGCAAAACAAAAACAAAUCAUAGUUUCCAAGGCCUUUUUUGGGUGCCACCUAAAAACUUCGACACGAUUUCGGUUUCUCUAAUCGUUUUUUGUAUUCUUUUUCGAUAUUUAUCUAUAUGCAGCUUGAAAGAAAAGAAAAACAAGGGGAAAGAAAUUUACAAGAAAUAUAUAUUGUUUCUGCAAUUUGCAUCCAAGAUGUCUCUGUAGCAAUGAUCAACAAAUGUGUAUUUUAUUCUACUAUAUGACAUUUGUAAAGUCCAGGAUGUAACAGAGAAUUCUUUGGGUUCUUACAAAUUUCCCAGUGUUAUUUAUCGUUAGACCAAACGUUCAAAGAAAAAUGGCGCGCUUAAGUCAUGGCAUUUUAAGAAUUUAGCCGUGAUGAAGUUUUACCUCAGAUAUAAAUAUCGGAUUUUAAUUUAUUAUCCAUUCAUCAUCACAUUUUUAUUUCUCUUCACGUUAUAACGCUUGGUCCAUCGAUCUUGUAACGCAUAGUAGUCUGGUUACUUAAAUUUUUAUGGAUCGAAAGCCCGCGAGAAUGAGGGGAAAAAAAUAGAUUUGCGAUAUAAAUUGCUGCAACCAUAACAGAAAAACCGUGUCAUGAAAGUGUACGAAUGUAUUGAGUUAUAAAAAGCCGUUGUCUGCCAACCGUAAAGUUGACGAAGAACAGGAAAUUUAUAUCGAGUAAUAGAAAAAAAAAAACAGAAAACGCUUUUAAAGAAUGAAAAAGAACCGACGAUUCAAAUCGAGAAAUAUGAAUUAAAAAGAAACAUGUUCCUGAUUUCGAAGAUCGUAUCAUAUUUAAACACUACAAUAAAGUAAAAUAACUCGCGUGUUUUUUGCGAAUAUCGACGGGGGCAUCUACGCAUACAAUUAUAUAUAUAUAUAUAAUAUAUCUAUAUACACACAUACACACAUGAUAUAUAAUAUAAUAUAUAUAUACAUAUACACGUUAACGAUAAGAUUUAAAAAUGAAAAAAAGACGCAACAUUAACUGAAUUCUAGCCUACGGUUAAUCAUAGUCUUCCUAGAGUUCUGGAAAAGAGAAAAAAAAGAAAAAAAGGAAAAAGUUUAUCUUUUUUCGAUUACUAAUUCUUUUUUCUUUUCUUUUCUUUUCUUUUUUUUUCUUUUUUUAAGUCAUGGUUUUCCAGAAGCUGUGUCGUGGCCGAUUACUAGCUAGAACAGAGCGUAAUUAAAUGAAACUUAGCCUCCCCCCAACGGUGUUUGUGCUAACAAGAAUUGGCAAGUCGAACAGAUUGGUUUAGAUCUUUUAUCGAACAUGACUUAUCCGUUAUAUAAAAAUCCAUUUAAAAGAAGGAGAACCAUUCAUACAUAUAUCUUCUUUAGCGUCGGAACGGUACCCUGCACGAUCGCUUCCCCGGGGAGAAUAACGCGAGCGUCGAAAGGGUUCCAUAUAGACAGGGGCCUGUUACCCCUACCACUUUAAUAUUUAUUUCAUUUAUCCAUAUUUCCUAAUUAUACAUUAAUUCCUAAUUCUAAAUUAAAAUCUUUAAAAUCAAGGGAAGCCUACUUUGCUCGGUAUUGUAUAACAAGAAAGGGAAAAAAUAAUAGAACAAGUUCGCAGAGGAAUCGUAUUUCAUUAGUUUAUUACGUAAAACAAGUGCGUUUCUUUGUUGCUUUUUUUCUCUUUAUUUUUUCUUCUUUUUAAUAGCAUUUUUUCCAUUGCUUUACUCGUUUCUUGUAAG